AUCAGUGACGAGCGCGACGAACCGAGUAUCGCUCGCGGCGCCGGGGCGCGCUUGAUGCGGUCUUGGAGCUUGGAGCUAAAUCCGCGGCGCGCGGCUGUCACAGGUCUGGCCAGAUUUCUGGUGUUGGGAAAUUUCCUCCUUGGCCCUCGCUGAGCCCCGGCUGCCAGGGCGUAGCUUCGGCUCGAAAGGCGCGGGGAGAUCCUGGAUUGGGCGCUCCUUUUCUUGCAUCUGGCCGAUUUGAUUCCGGUGAUUGCAGUGGCAGCGCUCCCUUCAUUGUGGCUGUGUUUCGACCCGCGCAAUCGAUCAAUUUUGGCAUUCUGGUUCUCGGGGCUGGGGGGCGCCAGCUCCCUAAGCAUGCGCAAGCACAGGCAUUGUCACUAGGAAGGUAUCAAGCAUGAAGCGUGCUAGGGAAGAUAGUACAUCCGGGCCACAGCUCAAGCGCACGGCUGGUGAAUCGUCGGAGCAGCCACGCCUCACAACCGAGGAUGCCAUGCUCUAUCUCAAGGCGGUCAAGGAGAAGUUUAAAGAUGACAAUGGGAAGUAUGCCGAGUUUCUUGAGGUCAUGAAAGACUUCAAGGCGCAAAGGAUCGAUACGUCUGGUGUUAUCGCCAAGGUGAAAGACCUGUUUAAGGGUCACAACAAGCUCAUUCUUGGCUUCAACACGUUCUUGCCUAAGAAUUAUCAAAUAGUACUUCCCGAGGAGAAGAAACAGCCUGUGGAGUUCGAUCAGGCUAUUAAUUUUGUCAACAAAAUCAAGAACCGCUUCAACGACAAUGAACAUGUGUACAAAGCUUUUUUGGAAAUUUUGAAUAAGUACCGCAAGGGCACGAAAUCGAUCAAUGAAGUAUAUGACGAGGUUGCUUCAUUAUUUCGUGACCAUCCGGAUUUGCUGGACGAGUUCACUCGGUUUCUUCCGGACACAGGAAACGCUGUUCAGACGUCCUUUAGACAAGGAACAUCCAACCAACGGAAAGAGGAAAAGGGUCCUUCAGGCCGAUCAUCUCAGUAUCCUGUGAUUAAGAAGGAGACAGAACGUUCAUCUCUCAAAGCUGAGAAGGAGCACCGAAGAAAACUUGAGAGAGAGAGAGAUCGGAAUGAUGAGCACGAGAGAGACAGGGACAAAGAGGAUUUGGAUCGGGACGAUUUAGAUGGACAACGCUUGCCGCACAAACGAAAAUCAGCUCGGAGAGCCGAUGAACUUAUCCGAAAGCAAUCUCAAACCGCGGAAGGUACAAGCACACAGAUAGAUUAUGCGUUUUUUGAAAAGGUUAAAGGAAGGCUGCGAAAUCGUGAUUCGUACAAAGAGCUGAUUAAGAUUAUUAAUCUGUAUACCGAGCAGAUUAUCAAUCGUGGAGAGUUGCAUUCAUUUGCUACAGACAUUUUAGGAAAGCAUCCUGAUCUUCUGGAAGGCUUCAACAACUUUCUUCAAGGUGAAAACGCCGAGGGAUGCUUGGGUGGUGUUUUUGCUCGAAGUAAGCUGCAUUUGUACAGACAGUGUCAUUCUAAUCUGUGUACUUUGACAGGAUUGGAGUCGGAAGGUGUAGCCUCGAAAGGCCGAGAUAAAGAUCAUGACAGAGAAAAAGACUGGGAGAAGGAUAGAGACAAGGAUAAGGAGCGGUAUGCGUCCGAUAAGACUGGCCAGAAAAUGUCUCUACUGCCUAGCAAAGACAAGUUUACGAACAAACCAAUAUCCGAACUUGAUCUUUCCAAUUGCGAGACAUGCACUCCAAGCUAUCGUCUGCUACCAAAGAAUUACCCUCGUCUACCAUCGAACCAUCGUAACGAGCUAGCGAAUUCUGUUUUAAACGACUCUUGGGUGUCUGUAACUUCUGGAAGUGAGGAUUCUUCUUUCAAACACAUGCGACGGAACCAAUACGAAGAGAGUCUAUUUCGUUGUGAAGACGAUCGGUUUGAGCUCGAUAUGCUCCUGGAAUCAACCGCCUUGACCGCAAAACGUGUUGGAGAGCUGGUUGAGAAGUUAGAUUCCGGGCAAUUAGACCCUUCGAUUCGUAUUGACGAUUACCUGUCAGCGAUCAACUUACGCUGUAUCGAGAGAAUAUAUGGCGAUCAUGGGCUUGAUAUAAUCGAUUUGAUGAGAAAGAACGCAUCUUCGGUACUUGCUGUUGUCCAUUGUCGUCUCAGACAAAAGGAGGAGGAAUGGGCCAAGUGUCGAGCCGACAUGAACAAAGUGUGGGCAGAAGUAUAUACUAAAAACUAUCACAAGUCUCUAGAUCAUCGAAGUUUCUACUUCAAGCAGCAAGACAAAAAGAGCUUGAGCUCUAAAGGACUUCUUGCCGAAAUCAAGGAUGUGCACGAGAAGAAGAGGAAAGAAGACGAGUCUGUUCUUCAUUUGAUAAUGGGAAACAAGAGGCUACCUACUCCCGAUAUGAAGUUCGGCUAUCCCGACUCGUCUAUUCACGAAGAUUUGUUCCAAAUCAUGAAGUACUCUGCGGACGAAGUAUGCAACACCAUGGAGCAGUCCGAUAAAAUAAUGCGUGUAUGGACCAUGUCCCUGGAGCUUUUAUUUGGUGUGCCACCUCGACCUCGUGGCACCGACGAUACAGAGGAGGCGGUGAGGGCGAAUUGUGUCUCCAAAGAGGAACAGUCGAGCUCCGGUGAAAGUGCUGCAAGUGGUGGAACAGGGAGCCCAGCGAACGAGGGAAAGAAUGCUCAGGAAGAAUGCGCAACGGCUUCUAGUCGGCCCGUAGCAAACUCAGUUGUGCACGACUCCAGAAGAAAACGUAAAGGUGAGGAAGGAAGACAUGGUGACAACGCUGCCAUGCAACGAGAAGCCAGUCUUGAAAGGAAAGACGGCUUAGAUGCUACAGAGGCUAAAAGCUCUUCGAGGCACGAGCAUGAGUUGGAGACAACGAGGAAUGCAACAUCUUCUCAUAGAACAAGUGCUCAUGGAAAGGGUGAGAGGGAGGAAGGGGAGCUAUCACCUGAGAGGAACGAGGGAAAGAAUGUUCUGAGAAAAGACGGUUCAGGUGAUGCAGACGCUGAUGUAGAUCACAAUGGAGAUGGUGGUGACGAGGGGGAAGAAAGUGGACAAAAGUCUAGCGAUGAUAGUGAAAAUGAGAACGCUUCAGAGGCAGGUGAAGAAGUCUCUGGCAGUGAUGCUGGUGAUCCCGAUGGUUCACGGGAUGACCAUGACGAGGAUGAAGAAGAGGACGCAGAUGAAGAACACGAACAAAAGGUUGAGAGCGAAUGUGAAGGCAUGGCGGAUGCAGAUAACACCGACGCCGACGGCAUCUCUUCUCCCGACCGGUUUUCCGUGUUUUGCAAGCCGCUUGCAUCUCAUGCAGGCUCUCUGGACGCUCAGAAAGACAGCACAGUCUUUUAUGGGAACGACAUGUUCUACAUUCUCUUCAGACUUCAUCAGACCUUUUACGAGCGCAUGCACUCCGCGAAGACAAAUUCUCUUGCGGCGGAGCAAAAGUGGAAGUCGCUGAAGGACAACACACCUCCAAACUUAUAUGCAAAGUUUGUGCGUGUCCUUUAUGAUCUCCUUGAUGGCACGGCCGACAACGCGAAGUUUGAGGACGAGUGCAGGUCAAUAAUUGGAACACAAUCAUAUGUUCUAUUCACGCUGGAUAAGUUGAUAUACAAGCUUGUAAAACAGCUGCAAGCCGUCGCGGCGGAUGAAACCGCAACUAAGCUUCUUGCGCUUUAUGCGUACGAGAAGUCUCGUGGUCCGGGUGGAUUCUAUGAUCCCGUGUACCAUGCUAAUACGUGCGUUCUCCUCCACGACGAGAGUAUCUACCGCUUCGAACUUGACCCAAACUCAACAGAGCUAUCGAUUCAGCUGAUGAGCGGCGCUUCUGAAAAGCUCGAAGUGCCGGCAAGCGCAAUGGAGUUUUCAUUCUCAAACUACUUGAACGGGUUCCUACUAACGGUUCCGGAUGCGAAAGCCGCCAAAGGCGUAUUUCUAAAGAGGAACAAGCGAAGCUCACCAUUUAACGAGGACCCUCAAGACGUGACCACCGCCAUGGAGGGCGUGCGAGUGCUGAACGGCCUGGAAUACAAAAUCUCCUGCAAAACCUCGAAGGUGUCUUACGUACUCGACACAGAGGAUUUGUUCCAUCGCACCAACAGUGUCCCUGCCAGACGAAAGAUCCCUUCAUCUUGCUCGAUAGCUUCGAGACGCGGCCGAGCGCAAAGAUUUCGCAACUGGAUCGAUCAUCGAGCCAAGAGCGUAUCAAACAGCUAAAGGGAAGGCGAGAGAAAAGAACGAAAGGAAGAAGAGAUCAUCGAGAUCUCCAAGAACGCAGUUAAUGGGAAAAGCAUUUUGUCAAGGAUAUUGUUUUAAGUGUAGCAUAUUCUCGGCAUAUUAUUUCCGCCAAUUUUUACCGUUGAAAGCAAGCUCUAUCCUCUUUCUUCCACCGAGUCUAGGGCAUGGAGAUCGCCAGCGCCAGCGCCAUCGCCAGCGAGGUCAAGGCAAUGGAUAUGGCAAUGGAAGAAGCGGCGCCGCUGGAGCAAAAUCAGCAGCUUACAGCGGCUCCGGCGAUCGAAAUCGCGAUUUCUUGCUCUCAGUCCGUGCUCCAGGAGAGGAACAAGCGCUUCGACGAUCUUGGCAGCGUGGAGGCAUCCAAGAAGGUGGCGGCGGCGAAGCCAGUCGUGAGGGUUCCUCCUAGGAUGAUGUUUGGCUCCCAUCCAGAGAGGUACUUGAGCCCCACGGACUCGCUCGUCUCGCCCAUCUCGCGGGGAUUGCUGUGGAGGAACCAUCGCCGGCCCGUGAGAAAGCUCAUUCCUCCAGUUGCGCCCAAGGCACUGGAGAGCGCCUUCCUCUGUGCCAAUGACGAGAAUUCUCGCAAGUGAGAGGCCAGUGAUUGUGUGUAAAUACGAAGUAAACUAUCAAUGCAAGCAACAAGCAAAUAUUUGGUUCCAAA